CCCAUAUAUAUCUAUAGCCACCACUCACCCGUCUGUAUCAGGAAUGAAAAAAAUACCUUCAUUUUUCUCUCUCUAAACCAAUUUCCGGCUCGACUUCGGCAGUAAUAAACAAUAAUUUUUCAAAAAGAUUUGCAUUCGCUCGCUGAUCGCCGCGGGAUUUGGAUUGGAUCUGCAGCGUAUAGUCGUACUAUUAAGAUUCUGGGCAUGGGCUCUGCUUCAGUUGCUGAUUUAAUAGAGGCAUCCUCUGGCGUGCACUUUUCUGGACGUCUUAUUGAUAGAAAGCAACAAAAUGGACAUACAAGGAGAUUGAUGUCAGAAACUGAAAAUUUUCAUAAACAACCUUUUGUCAUUGGGGUUGCUGGUGGUGCGGCCUCUGGAAAGACUACAGUUUGUGAUAUGAUCAUUCAUCAACUUCAUGACCAGCGAGUUGUUCUUGUAAACCAGGAUUCUUUUUAUCAUAAUUUAUCUUCCGAGGAACUUACACAAGUACACGAAUACAACUUUGACCAUCCCGAUGCAUUUGAUACAGAGGAACUUCUAAGCUCAAUGGAAAAACUGAGGCAUGGGGAGCCUGUAGAUAUUCCAAAAUAUGACUUCAAGAGUUAUAAUAAUAAUGUGUUUCCACCAAGAAGGGUUAACCCUUCGGAUGUAAUCAUUUUGGAAGGAAUUCUUGUUUUCCAUGACCCUCGCGUUCGAGAACUGAUGAAUAUGAAGAUCUUUGUUGAUACAGAUGCUGAUGUUCGUUUGGCGAGAAGGAUAAGGCGUGAUACAGCGGAGAAGGCUAGAGACAUAGCUACAGUACUUGAUCAGUAUUCAAAAUUUGUAAAGCCUGCUUUUGAUGACUUCAUACUUCCUACAAAGAAGUAUGCUGAUAUCAUCAUCCCCAGAGGGGGUGAUAAUCAUGUUGCCAUCGACUUGAUCGUACAACAUAUUCGCACAAAGCUUGGUCAGCAUGAUCUUUGUAAAAUAUACCCUAAUUUAUACGUCAUCCAGUCAACAUUUCAGAUACGAGGCAUGCAUACAUUAAUUCGAGAUGCUAAAACUACAAAGCAUGAUUUUGUGUUUUAUGCUGACCGAUUGAUUCGUCUGGUUGUUGAACAUGGUCUGGGACAUUUACCAUUUACAGAAAAGCAGGUGACCACUCCAACUGGAUCUGUGUAUAGUGGCGUUGAUUUCUGCAAGAGGUUAUGUGGUGUCUCUGUCAUCAGGAGUGGUGAGAGUAUGGAAAAUGCUCUUCGGGCAUGUUGUAAAGGCAUAAAAAUUGGAAAGAUUCUCAUUCAUAGGGAAGGUGACAAUGGCCAACAUUUAAUUUAUGAAAAAUUACCCUCAGAUAUCUCCAAUAGGCAUGUAUUACUUUUGGAUCCCAUCCUGGGCACAGGAAACUCGGCGGUGCAAGCUAUUUCUUUGCUCAUAAGUAAGGGUGUUCCAGAGCCUAAUAUUAUAUUUCUCAAUCUCAUAUCAGCACCUCAAGGCGUACAUGUGGUGUGUAAACGCUUUCCAAGAAUAAAGAUUGUGACAUCUGAAAUUGAGAUUGGCCUGAAUGAAGAUUCCCGUGUGGUGCCUGGUAUGGGUGAGUUUGGGGACCGGUAUUUUGGAACCGACGAUGAUGAACAAGUGCGGGCCUCUCCACAGUAGUUGCUCUUUCAAGUAAUAAAACACCCCCACGAACACAAAAAUCAUAACCAGUCGUGGGUUGUGGAGAGAGAGAGAUCUUCUUGCCUCAAAAUAAUGUGCUUAGAUUAUAGGAUGCGUUUCACGAGGUCUUUAGAAAGAAAUUAUGACUCAUAAGUGCCUUAUAUGGAUACAAACGCCACGCCCCAUAUUAUUAUUAUUACUAUUAUGAUUAAUAUUGAUUAUUAUUACUA